GGCACGCUCAUGCUCGUCCUCACCAACAAGGGCAACCACACGCUCUCGCUGAUUGCGCGCAUCAUCCAAGGCUUUGGCGUCGGCAACUCGUCGUUUUCGCUGCCGAUCUUUGGUGCUGAAAUGGCCCCCAAGGAGCUCCGCGGUAUGCUCUCGGGCUUCAUGCAAAUGUCGAUCGUCACCGGCCUUCUCCUCGCCGGUAUCAUCAACUACGUCGUCCAGAACGACCAACAUGGCUGGCGCGUCACCAACGCUGUUGCGAUGGCCUUCCCGGUGAUCGUUAUGGCCGGUAUCUUUUGUGUGCCCGAGUCGCCGCGCUGGACGUACAAGGCCAAGGGCCGUGAGCAGGCGGAGGCUGCGUUGAAGCGCUAUCGGUGA